AUGGUGGCUUUCAACAACAACGUGGUCUUUGUGCUGCUGGCAUUUAUGCUCGUAUUGCAUGGGGCUCAGCUGGCGCAGGGGCAGGCUGCUGAGGUGUCACUGUCAUGCCCCGUCGGAUAUCUGGUGCAAGCUGCCCGUAACCCCUGCGACAACUUUCGAUACAGUUUUGGAGUGACUUCCAACUGUACGGCGUGUAAUCCUCCCUACAAGAGGGGCACCUAUAUCAUCGGUUUCCCGGACAUAGUGCCCCUUGGGGUCUGCUACUUGCCCGGCCAAGACGCAUGCAACCCCAACCCUUGCCAGAAUGGUGGCGUUUGCUCCUACAGAACGGACGGUUCAGGGCAGCCCGUGACUGACGAGCAAGGGACCAGGUUUCUUCUAGGGUUUUGCAACUGUAGCAGCACUGGCAAGACAGGGCGGUUCUGCGCCGACGAGAAUGUGGAGGCUCCCAUACCGACUGCCACCGUCAACGGCGUUUCCGGACCACUUGCGGUGGCAGCAACCGGAGCCAUGCUCUGCGGCCAAGCUUUUGCGAUCGGCUGCCUUUACCCUGACGGGAAGCACUACACUUGCUGCACCGGUGCCGUGAAGGGUUUCGGGCUCUCCGAGUGCGGUCCUGUUGGUCCGGACGGAGUACCCAUCUGCCCUAGGGAGGGUUUCACGCCGACCCCCAAUGAUUUUCCCCCGCAGACUCCGCCGCCGACUCCGCAGCCCGAGGUUCCACUGCCAACCGGCGAUCAAGGGGUUUGCGGCAGCGGACCCGCGUCUGACUUUCCCUUCCGCUGCUGGUUCAACAACGACCCCCAGGGCCGAUACGUUUGCUGCGAUCGGGAGGGCUGCAACGGCUUCAAUCCUGGCCUCGGGACGCCGCGCUGCAGAAACAACGGCUACGUGCCGCCCAACAACGGAGUGAGCGGGCCAACCCCCCCAAGCACUCCCCCGAGCAGUCCCCCCAGCGGAGAUCAGGGCGUUUGCGGCGGCGGGGCCGCGUCUGACUUCCCGACGCGCUGUUAUUUCAACAACGACCCGCUUGGGCGUUACGUGUGCUGCGACGGGCAGGGUUGCGACGGCUUCAACGCCGACAAUCUCACUCCGCACUGCAGAAACAACGGCUAUGUGCCGCCCAACAACGGGCUGAGCGGGCCAACUCCCCCGAGCGGCUCUCAGGGCGUAUGUGGAACGGGUAGUGCCACAGAUUUUCCGGUGCGCUGCUGGUUCAACAGCGACCCCCAGGGCCGCUACGUGUGCUGCGACAACGACAGGUGCAACGGGUUCAAUCCGCCUGAUUUCUCGUUCCCCCGCUGCAAGACCAACGGCUAUGUGCCUCCUGGCUUCGGGAUCUAG